UUAAGAACAAUAAAAAAAAAAAAAGCAGAAUUUCCCUUCUUCUUCUCUCGAUUUUCCGCUAAAAAGCCUUUUAACGCGUAUAUAUUAUAGCUAAAGCCGCAGUAAGCGAAUAUAUAGUUGCAGCAAAUUGAAAGAGAAGAGCGAUUUGAUAUCAAGAACUUUGAGAACAUUGUUUAAAAUAGAAGAGGAAUAUUAUAUUAUAAACAAAAUUAGCUUUUGAGAAAUUUAAUUUUUUUUUUUUUGUUUUGUGAAUACAGAUUUUUUUUGAGAGAUUGAGAGUAUAGAAAUUGAACUUGAGAGGGAGAGAUGGGAGGAUGUGUAUCAGGUGAUGUAAAAGGGAUUGGAGGGGCCCAACAAAGGCCCACCGAUCCACCCGGUCAGAAUGAUGCUGCCGAUUUCUUCUUUCGCUCGCGUGGUCUCCAUUCUCUUUCCACUCAAAUCGAGCUGGCAUUAUCAGCUUCAAAGUUACUUGAUCGUGAUAUCACAUCAAAGAGUGAUCCAAUGGCGGUUAUAUAUCUAAAGAAGAAAGAUGGCAAACUAGAGGAAGUUGGCCGCACUGAAGUCAUUUUAAACAGCUUAAACCCUUCUUGGAUCGAAAAGAUUAUAAUUGCCUAUCAGUUUGAGACAUUACAGCUGCUAGUCUUUCACAUUUAUGAUGUAGAUACCAAAUAUCACAAUAUACCUGUGAAGUCACUAAAGUUGAAGGAUCAGCAAUUCUUGGGAGAAGCUAGUUGUUUUCUGUCUGAGAUAGUGACCAAACUGAAUCAAACAGUGACCCUGAAUCUCCAACACAGAAGUGGGCAUGGAGUUUUGACUAAUUUAGGGACACUCAACAUCCAUGCUGAGGAAACAGUUGCUUCUAGGACUGCCAUUGAGCUAACAUUCCAUUGUUCCAACCUGGAUAACAAAGAUAUAUUUUCGUUGCAGGACCCUUUCCUAAGAAUAUCUAGAUUACUAGAGAGUGGUGCUUACAUACCUAUAUGUAAGACUGAGGUGGUGAACAAUAAUCUGAAUCCAGUUUGGAGGCCCCUAUAUCUGAGCAUGCAGCAAUUUGCAAGCAAGAAUAACCCACUGGUUAUUGAGUGCUUUGAUUUCAACAGCAAUGGCAAUCAUGUUCUGAUUGGGAAGGUCCAGAAAUCGGUGUCUGAUCUGGAAAAGAUGCACAGAGAAAAAGGCGGUGUGAAUUUCAUCUUACCAUCUCAUCAAGGUCAUGAAAAGGUUCUGAAGGGUCAGCUGUUUGUGGAUCAAUUCGUGGAGAAGGAGCAGUACAGCUUUCUGGAUUAUAUUUCCAGUGGCUUUGAGCUAAAUUUUAUGGUUGCUGUUGACUUCACUGCUUCAAAUGGGAAUCCUCGACAUCCUGAUUCCUUACACUAUAUUGAUCCUUCAGGCCGGUUGAAUUCUUAUCAGCAGGCUAUAAUGGAAGUGGGGGAGGUAAUACAAUUCUAUGAUUCUGAUAGGUGUUUUCCUGCCUGGGGAUUUGGGGGAAGGACGCCUGCUGGUAAAAUUUCACAUUGUUUUAACUUGAAUGGAAAUCCAAGUGGCUUUGAGGUCGAGGGUGUUGAAGGCCUCAUGGCUGCCUAUGCCACUGCUCUACAGAAUGUUGCUCUAGCAGGACCCACUUUGUUUGGCCAAGUGGUUAAUACAGCUGCACAGAUUGCUGGUCAGUCUCUUUCAGAGAACAAUAAGAAGUACUUUGUGUUGCUCAUUCUAACGGUAAUUGAACCAUAGGAGCGAAAGUGUACCUUCUUUCUUUUUUAUUUGUUUAUUCUUUUAAAUUUAUAAAGGAAAAUUUACCUUA